CAUCGGCUGCUGAGAGACGCGCAGGCCGACGGAUGGGAGCGCUCCGACUUUCCCAUCAUCUGCGAGUCUUGCCUCGGCGACAAUCCUUACGUUCGGAUGACAAGGGCAGAUUAUGACAAGGAGUGUAAGAUCUGUACACGGCCAUUUACAGUUUUCAGAUGGAGGCCAGGUCGUGAUGCAAGAUACAAAAAGACAGAGGUCUGCCAGACAUGCUGUAAACUGAAAAAUGUGUGCCAGGUCUGCCUCUUGGAUCUUGAGUAUGGGUUGCCUGUUCAGGUUCGGGACACUGCCUUGGCUAUCAAUUCCAAUGACGCUAUCCCGAAGAGCGAUGUGAAUAGGGAGUACUUUGCAGAAGAGCAUGACCGCAGGGCUAGAGCUGGCAUAGAUUAUGAGUCUUCGUAUGGAAAGGUGCGUCCAAAUGACACCAUUUUAAAGCUUCAAAGGACGACACCUUAUUACAAAAGAAAUCGGGCACAUGUCUGUAGCUUUUAUGCACGUGGUGAAUGCACACGUGGUGCUGAAUGUCCAUAUCGGCAUGAGAUGCCUGUAACUGGUGAAUUAUCUCAGCAGAACAUAAAAGAUCGGUACUAUGGAGUGAAUGACCCAGUUGCUCUGAAGCUCUUAAGCAAGGCAGGUGAGAUGCCAUCUCUUACCGCCCCAGAAGAUGAGAGUAUAAAGACCCUAUAUGUCGGGGGCCUUGAUGCUCGAAUCACCGAGCAGGAUCUGAGGGAUCACUUCUAUGCUCAUGGUGAGAUUGAGUCAAUCAGGAUGGUGCUCCAACGAGCAUGUGCCUUCGUGACAUACACAACAAGAGAAGGAGCUGAAAAGGCUGCAGAGGAGCUCGCUAACAAGCUGGUCAUUAAAGGAUUGCGUCUGAAGCUGAUGUGGGGAAAGCCACAGGCAUCCAAACCAGAGGGAGAGGUGCCGGAUGAUGAGGCUGCAAGGCAGGGGCUCAUGGCACAUGGAGGGAUGCUUCCAAGGGCUGUUAUAUCCCAGCAGCAAAGUAACCAGCAGCCUCAACCACCAGGCACACAGGACCAGCAGCAGCCACCACUGCACUACUUCAACAUUCCAGCACCACCCCCGGUGGAGCGAACCUUUUACCCCUCAAUGGAUCCCCAGAGAAUGGGUGCUCUGGUCCCGUCUCAGGAAGCAAGUGAUAGCAAGGGGGGAUCAGAGAAGCAGCCACAGCAGCAGGGACUGCUGCGAGCUCCGAAUAGCUCAGGGCAAGCAUACCCUGUCUUGCCGCCACAUCUUCAGAGCCAGUACCCACAAUAUUAUCCACCAUAUGGGUACAUGGCCCCACCACGGCCACCUUAUCAACAACAGUAUCCUCCUUACCAGUCAAUGAUGGCUCCACCCCCACCUCCACCUGCACCACCUGCAAUGCAACAGUAUCCUCCAGGUGCAUCUGGGUCAUCUUCUCAGGGCUGAGAUCCUUUUUUGGCUGUGUUUCUUCUUUUCCUUGAACUCGUGCUCUUUGCUAUCCAUAGAUUCAGGCUUUCUGCAAUAUUGAAUUAUAUAUGGAUGACAAAAUCUAAGUUCUGGCUGUUUCUCUAUGAGAUCAUCAUAUUUGGGAGGAUUA